AUGUUUCCUGACAAUUAUCGGGCCAUCUUUAGCCUUCGUAUGGAGAAGUUGGCCGGGAAAGAGGGCAAUGAAACGGGACCAGAUGCUUCGUAUCCCUUGACGACGUUGGUUCUCUGCGGAGACAUCCUGAAGCUGAACAGGGCCAGAGACUACACUUGGGAUCCAUAA